CGGUGCCUGUUCCGGGCCAGUCACGGGGCGGCGGGAAGGAGCCACGUCUUUUCUUCUCUUCUCCCCUCCUCUCCCCCAAAGCGGACUCCAGCCGGCGGCGCGAGCGGCGCAGGGCGCUGGAGGGCGGAGUGCGCUGCCCUAUGGCGUCCGGGUACCCCCGAGACCAGGUACAGCGCAGGGGCCACCUACACUCGGUACCCAUGGACAGCACCAGGCAGGAGCACGAAGAGAACAUGAGGCAAGAUGCUGGUCAUCCUCCACCGCUGACACAACAGGCUUGCAGGGGGAUCCCAUUGCUGUGACAGGUGGGUAAAUGGAUCUAUUCCAGAUCCAUUCCAGGUGGCCCUGAACCUCAAGAAGCACAGAAGAAGAUCACUAACUCUGCAGGGUGAGGCGCAACAAGGAAGGUUAAGGCCUUUCCUGCAGCUACAUUUUGGAACUGGACUUUAUUUAUCAUUUCUCGGCCUCUUGAAGGCUCAGAUCAAGUAUUUGUUAGUCUUUGCACACAGGAAAGACUUACAGUCAGUUGUGCUGCUUCGUUAGCAUCUCUGCCCGUUGUCCAGUCGGCAGUUUUUGAUUUAAGUGCUGGAAAAGCGACAUCAUCUGAAUGGACAGGGCAACGUUCGCCUGUUCCACCGCCUACUUUCAUGACCGCAGCAGAGCCUCUUGUGGCACGGCCUGCAAGCCCCGAGAACACGUGGACUUCAUUGAAAAGGUGGAAUCAUUCAACUACUCUGAUUUUUUCAGGGAUUAUCUAAUUCCCAACCAUCCUUGCAUAUUGUCAUCUAAAUUCACAGAGGGCUGGGGCAGCAGGAGAAACUGGGUUACCCGGGAUGGAAAACCAAAUUUUGAUUACCUCCUCCAGACCUUUGGGGAGGCUGUAGUACCUGUUGCCAACUGUGAAGUCAAGGAGUACAAUGCCAAUCCAAAGGAGCAGAUCCCUUUCAAGGAAUAUGUUAGCUAUUGGAAAGAACACAUUGCACGUAACUACUCCUCACCCCGGGGGUGCCUCUAUUUGAAAGACUGGCACUUGUACAGAGCUUUUCCGGAGCAGGAUGUCUAUACAAUCCCUAUCUACUUCUCUUCUGAUUGGCUAAAUGAAUACUGGGAUGCCCUAGCUGUGGAUGACUAUCGUUUUGUCUACAUGGGACCUAAAGGGUCAUGGACUCCAUUUCAUGCAGACGUCUUCCGUUCCUACAGCUGGUCAGCCAAUAUCUGUGGGAAAAAGAAAUGGCUGCUCUACCCUCCAGAGGAGGAGGAGUACCUUAGAGAUCGCCAUGGUAACUUGCCUUUUGACAUCACUGCGCCUAAUCUUCAUGACAGCAGCAUUUACCCUCGCUGUGCCCAAAGCUCCCCCCCUGUUGAAGUCAUACAGGAAGCAGGAGAGAUCAUCUUCAUCCCUAGUGGAUGGCAUCAUCAGGUUUACAACCUGGAGGAUACCAUUUCCAUUAAUCACAACUGGGUGAAUGGCUGCAACGUAGCUAUCAUGUGGUGCUUCCUGCAGGAUGAAUUAGCAGCUGUCCAACGGGAAAUUAGUGAAUGGAGAGAGACUAUGGAUGAUUGGCACCUACAAUGUCAGGUAAUCAUGAAAAGCUGCACGGGCAUAGACUACAAAGAGUUCUACAACUUCCUGAAGGUGAUUGCAGAGAACAGGAUUUCAGCCUUGAAAAGUGUCUUGGAUGAUGAAGCUUUAGCAAAGAACAGUCCCAAAGCUGCCAUCUCCACUCUAGGCAUGCUGCACUCAGUGUUUGACUUAAAGAGGACUGUGGAAGUGCUAACUUCUUUGAGCGCUAAUGAGGAUUUCAAGAAACUGGACCUCAAGUCUCUUUCCCCACCUCCGGAGGCAUUACUUCACCACUUGAAAGCAGCCAUAGACACUGCUCUGUUAUAGUUUCCUAUUUUAUUCAGCUAUUUGUAAAAUGCACCUGUUGCAACAGAGGCACGCAGGGGAAGCAGAAAAUAUCUGUAUUUACAGCUAUUACAGUUUAAGCACAAUAAGCCUUAAUGGAGAGUAGGGAAAGGGAGUAUAUUAGGAUAGCACACUAUACAUACUCCCAAGAAGGUAAGGAAGUCCAUAGGAUCAGACUCUGUUAGCGCAGGAUAGAAAUGGCUCAAUUGAACAUUCAAGGACAAAUGGUUGCCUUCCUGCUUUGUAUUCUUAGCUUAGGGUCACGGGUCCUUAGAAUUUGCCAUCUACACUGUUCAUUCAUUUGAGUCAUUCACACAUGAAGAUACACUCUCUAACUUGUCCACACCAUUCAAAGCAUGCAUGUUAUAUCCAGUGAAGGUUGUUCUCUGGACUUUAAUCAACUAAAAAAACAGCAAGUUUAAAAAAAAAAAGGAGGUUUAGAAAACUAAGCAAAGACAGUUCAUCAUGGCUGGCUGUAUGCAGCCUUAGCUUAUUUUUCUGGUGGAGGAGGAAUGGUUUUAAACAGGCUGAUAGGAAAUUCUGCAUGAUUUCAUAGCACAAACCACAAAUUUGGUGCUACCACAUUAAAAUGUCUGCAUGGCACUGAGAACAAGCAUUUUCAAUAAAACUGAAAAGCAUCCUUAUUGCUGUUAGCAGUUUGCACCUAAAGACUUGGUGUGAAAAUCUAGUUGCAACCAGUGUUUCUGUGAACAUACUCCAGUCUUAGGGAUUAGUUUUUAAAUUAUUGAUCGAAACUUCCUCAAUCUUUGCCAUAGGUGGCCACUGAUGCUGCUAUGUUUCUAAAACUGCACAUUAAAAUAUUUAAAUACCUUG